GCAGCUGAUGUGAGUCAUGUCUGGUCUGAACGCCUCACUCGGAUACUUUGUGUCUGUGGUGAUCUUUGCAGCCUCGGUGAGAACUCUGCUCAGAAAAUGGCCUCGGUUGGGGUUCAUGUUGGAAUUUGUAUCCUCCUUCAUGCUGGUGGCGUGCCGGCUGGAGGUGCAGACCAUCGUGGAGGUGGGGGAGUGGGCCGGGGGUCUGGGUCCUGAUGUGACAGUGACCAUGCUGUUUGUGGUGCUGCUGACUAACGGUGUGGUCUGUGAUGGGGCAUCAGGUAACCCCACCUUGGUGCUGCUGAAGUUCUUGCAGCUGGAGACCCCCACGCUGCCCACCCUGUUGGCUGUGUUGGCCCAGUUUCUGGGAGCCCACCUGGCCCUGUUCGUAGCAGUGUACUACUGGAGUCUGGAGCUCACAGACAUGCACAUGAUUAAGAACCUGAUGGCUUCGGAGUGCAGCUCAUCUCUGCUGGUGUCUGUGCUGCAGGGCUUCUUCACCGAGUGUGUCUGUACACUCGUCUUCAUCCUUAUCCAUCUCAACCUGAGACGCAGGUCUGCUCUGAUCAGGAUCCCUCUAAUCGCUGCCCUCCUCACGUUCCUGUCCCACACAGCCAGAGGUUACACCUCAGCCUACAUGAAUCCAUCGCUGGCUUACGGCCUCACCUUCCACUGUCCUGGAUUCACCUCUGUUCAGUACGCAGUCGUUUACGGGCUCGGUCCUCUCACAGGCAUGAUUCUGGCUCUCCUCCUGUACAUGGGUCACAUCCCGAAGAUAUUUGCAAAGAAUCUUCUAUAUUUUCAGAAAACACGAUUCAGAGUGCCCAAAGGAGACAAAGGAGAGAAGAAGAAGAUGUGAAAGAAGACAAGUUUUUAUUUUUUAAAUCAACCUUUUAAAUACCCAGAAACAGAUGGUUAACAGUCAACAUAUUCAGCUACAGAAACAUGUACAUGCCUGUACAGAGAUGUAAAAUAUUCAUGAUGAAAAAUAAUAAAACUAAUUUUUUAUUUU